AUGGAAUUCCUCUCUGCCAUAAGUAUUGGAAGUGUGAAUUCUGGAAAGGAAAAUCUUCUAAGUGCUGUUCUACCAUUGUUGAAACUCCUAUCUCUCACUCUCAUUGGUCUGAUUCUUGCCCACCCCAAAACCCAAAUUGUCCCGAGAGCCACUUUUAAGCUUCUUAGCAAGCUUGUUUUGGCUCUGUUCUUGCCUUGUACGAUCUUCAUUCACCUCGGUGAAUCCAUUGCUCUACAAAAUUUCAUCGAUUGGUGGUUCAUACCUGUAUACGUGAUCCUCAGUACUGCUAUUGGUUGUGUGUUGGGGUUGUUGGUCGUGAGAAUAUGCCGAGGAACACCUCCUGAAUUCAACAGAUUCACUGUAAUUGUGACGGCCUUUAGUAACACUGGCAAUCUGCCCCAAGCUAUUGUUGGGUCCGUGUGUCAUAGCGCAGAUAAUCCUUUUGGUCCAGAAUGCCAUAGGACUG